AUGCUCUUAGUGGACUGGGAAGGUAUCGAAUUACCAACGUUUCAGGUGUUCAAGAUUGCUCCGUCCAAGGUUAAAGAAAAACGCGUCCAGAAUGACAAACAGCGUCACGGAUCCAGUUCGACUAAGUGGAAUCGCAAAAUUCGACCCUUGCAAGAGCGCCACAACUGUCAAAUUUACGACGACGACAUCGAAGCCAAUGGCGGCUUCGACAGCGAUAGCGAAUAA